AGCGUUCCUUCCUUUUUGACGCCUGAGCUAGAGACAAGAUGGGUCACCAGCAGCUCUAUUGGAGUCACCCACGAAAAUUCGGCCAGGGAUCAAGAUCCUGCCGGGUUUGCUCGAACAGACACGGUUUGAUCCGCAAAUACGGGCUCAAUAUGUGCCGCCAGUGCUUCCGACAGUACGCCAAAGACAUUGGCUUUGUCAAGCUUGAUUAAUCCUGUCUGGAACUUGUGAAGAGGCAUGAAGGGGGCUGAAGGAAGACAUUCACUCAUUCAUCCAUCUACUCAUUUUCAAAGUUAAAUAAAUGUUGUGGAACUGUUA